GCCCAGAGGGGGCGGGGCAGGGAAGGGAAAGAGGGGAUGGUUCUGGGGUCCCAUAACUGAGUGGAGCAGGCGACGGUGCUGUAGCUGGUGGAAGGAAGUCCUGGAGGCCAUGGACAGUCAGCCACUGGGAUCACCGAGAUGAGCAGCAGCUGCUCAGGGCUGAGCAGGGUCCUCGUGGCCGUGGCUACAGCCCUGGUGUCUGCCUCCUCCCCUUGCCUCCAGGCCUGGGGCCCCCCAGGGGUCCAGUAUGGGCAACCUGGCAGGUCCGUGAUGCUGUGUUGCCCUGGAGUGACUGCUGGGACCCCGGUGUUCUGGUUUCGGGACGGGGAGCCAAGGCUGCUCCAGGGACCCGACUCUGGGCUAGGGAACGAACUGGUCCUGGCCCAGGUAGACAGCACUGACGAGGGCACAUACACCUGCCGGACCCUGGAUGGUGCACUUGUGGGCACGGUGACCCUGCAGCUGGGCUACCCCCCAGCCCGCCCUGUUGUUUCCUGCCGAGCAGCUGACUAUGAGAACUUCUCCUGCACUUGGAGUUCCAGCCAGGUCAGCGGUUUACCCACCCGCUACCUCACCUCCUACAGGAAGAAGAUGGUGCCAGGAGCUGAUGGUCAGAGGAUGAGUCCAUCCACAGGGCCUUGGCCAUGUCCCCAGGACCCCCUAGGGACUGCCCGCUGUGUAGUCCAUGGGGCAGAGUUCUGGAGCCAGUACCGGAUUAAUGUGACUGAGGUGAACCCACUGGGUGCCAGCACACGCCUGCUGGAUGUAAGCUUGCAGAGCAUCUUGCGUCCUGACCCACCCCAGGGGCUGAGGGUGGAGUCGGUAACCGGUUACCCCCGUCGCCUGCGUGCCAGCUGGACAUACCCCGCCUCUUGGCCCCGCCAGCCCCACUUCCUGCUCAAGUUCCGGCUGCAGUACCGCCCAGCACAGCAUCCUGCCUGGUCCACGGUAGAGCCAGCUGGAUUGGAGGAGGUGAUCACCGAUGCUGUGGCUGGGCUGCCCCAUGCCGUGCGAGUUAGUGCCCGGGACUUUCUGGACGCUGGCACCUGGAGCGCCUGGAGCCCUGAGGCCUGGGGAACUCCGAGCACUGGGCCCCUACUGAAGGACAUACCAGCUGGGGGCCAGUUACACAAGCAGCUGGAGGCAGAGCCUCAGGCGGACAGCCCCACUCCUCCAAGGCCCUCCCUCCAGCCAGACCCGCAACCACUUGAUCACAGGGACCCCCUGGAGCAGGUGGCUGUACUGGCAUCUUUGGGAAUCUUCUCUUUCCUGGGACUGGUGGCUGGGGCCCUGGCACUGGGGCUCUGGGAGACAGCUGCCUUUUUAUGCCCCAGGCUGAGACUGAGACGGGGCGGGAAGGAUGGACCCCAAAAGUCUGGGUUCUUGGCUCCAAUGAUUCCAGUGGACAAGCUUCCAGGAACUCCAAAUUUGUAGAGUACCCAGAGGACCCUGAUUCCACCUAUAACUCUGUCUUGCUGGUGUGGAUGAUGGACAGAUAGUACCCAGGCAGGACAGUAGAUCCCUAUGGAUGGGAGUCUAAGCUGGAAGUUCUGUUUGGAGCACAUUUUUGUGAGACCCUGCAUUCCAAACUUGCCAGCUGAAAGGUGCCUGGAUCUCUGAUCUCAUCCUGGAGCUGGAGGUCUGCCUGAAGAACGUAUAUAGAUGUGUAUGUCUGUGUCCAUGUGUGACCAUGUGUAUAUGAGGUAGGAAACAUGUUUUCUGCAUGUAUGUAUGUAUGUAUGUAUAUAGGUGCCUGGGGAGUGUGUGUGUGGGAGUCCUUGGCUCUUGGCCUUGCCUUUGUGGGGCUUGUGGAGGUGCAAAUAAAGAGAAUGAGGAAAUUCUUAGA